AAGCUGAGAAUUGAGAUCACGGACAAAAUCCUCAACCAAAAAAAAGAUAAUCAUUAAUUAAAAAAAAAAAAUCUGCUGAAGGAAGAAGACGACGGCUAUGAAUUCUGUGUUCUCGAUCGAUGAUAUCUCCGAUCCCUAUUGGUCGACGUCCCCGGCGAUGAAUCGGAGCGCGUCGGAGUGGGCGUUAGAGCGGUUCCUCGAGGAGUUUUCUACUCCGACGACGGCGACGCUGAAUCAUCGACCGCAUCCGAUGACGGUGGCGACUUCUCCUUCUUUGGUUUCUCAAUCGUCGACUUCGAAGUUUCCAGAGGCCGAUGACGAGGUCGUGGAAAUUAAGAAGCCUGAAAAUCACCGCCAUCAUCUUCCUUCGUCGGAUGCUACUAUGCUCCCUGGGGAUUCCGAUUCGUACCGUGAAUUUCUGAAAAAUCAGCUUGAUUUGGCUUGCGCUGCUGUUGCCCUCACUCGCCCUGGGGAUUCUGUUAAUUUAUCUCAGAGUCAAUUGCCGGCGGCAGGGCCUUCUCAAUUGGGAUCUGGAGCUCACGAUGAAGGUAGGGGUCAUGGUCUCUCAACGGCUCGGGUUGAUAUUGAUGAUGGACCUCUCGUCAUUCCGGCAUUACCUCCUAUUCAAAAGAAAUUAGGAACUCAAAGUAGGCAAACAACUAGUGGAUCAUCAAAGGAGGACUCAGAUGACGAUGAUCUUGAUGGAGAUAUGGAUAACCUGGACAACCUGGAUCCUUCUGAUACAAAACGUGCUAGGAGGAUGCUGUCUAAUCGAGAGUCGGCUAGACGUUCAAGAAGAAGAAAACAAGCACAAAUGAGUGAACUUGAAACACAGGUUGGUCAACUUAGGGUUGAACAUUCAACACUUUUAAAGCGUCUUUCUGAUGUGAAUCACAAGUAUGACAACGCUGCUGUUGACAACAGAAUCUUAAAAGCUGAUAUUGAGACAUUGAGAGCUAAGGUGAAGAUGGCUGAAGAGACAGUUAAGAGAGUGACAGGACUCAAUCCACUACUUUUAGCAGCGUCCAAUGCCUCGGGCUUAUCCUCCAUGAAUGGUCAAAUGGAUGCAUCUAAUAACGCUGCUGUUGCAAUGCAACGGAACCCCAACCAGAUCUUUCAUCAAUCGGUCCAAGGUAUAACCGCACCCAUUCCACAUCAUCAGAGAUUAGAUGGCAGUGGCGGCUACCAUGGUAACAACUCGAUGUCACUUGUUGGGAACCCGAGGAACGAUGUUGCUCCACAGAGUGAUGUCGGGGGAAACAAAUUGCCUGACAUGCCUUCAAUUCAGCAUUCGGGUAGAGUUGGUAACUUGCCGAAGCAUCUCAGCCCAGGAACAAACACAGCGGGUGAAGCAUUGUCUGGUUGGGGAGCUGAAGUUCCCCAGGCAGUAGCCAAAAAUAACAAGCAGAACCGUAUUUAGUGCUUCGUAUACCAUUUUAGAUAUGGGGCCUAGAAAUUUACUCAGCUGAAUAAGAUAUUGGGUUCAGAAUUAUGUUUUUAAUUUCUGUUGCGUCUUUAUAUUAUUAUUAUUAUCAUUAUUAUUAUGUUUAUCAAUGUUUGCCUAGAUCCAUUUCUUUAACGAAAUUAUACUAGGGGAAAAAUAAGACCCCUGAUAGAUAA